AUGGGAGCAAAAGAAGAAGCGAAACGGCUCAUCGCCAGACGAGACGAACUUGAUACGGAAAUUGAAAAUAAUUUGGAGGUUUUGAAGAAGAACGGUUCCACGAUGGACUCGCCGCUCGUCGAUAGGGAAGGGUUCCCGUUCAGUCAUAUUGAUGUGUACAGUGUCCGUCAGGCUCGUCACAACAUAAUUUGUUUGAGGAAUGACCGCAAAGCUCUAACGGAGCAAAUAGAAAAAGCCAUUGAACGGUCACAUGCGGAGAAUCGAAUACGGAAGUCGGAAUCAGAGUCGAACUCUGAAGGAGAAGAAGCAGAAAAUACAAAUCCUGGCAGUAGCGAAGUCCCCAAAAAGCCCGAUCCCCCUCCGCUUGUUCAUCGAACCUCAAAUAAGCCGUUCAUAAAAGUUACAACAGUUAUUCCCAACUCACCGGCUGCUCUAGGAGGUCUCAGAGCUGACGACAUGAUAAUCCAAUAUGGGAACUUGCAUGCUGGGUAA